AUGGAGGAUGAUACACCACUAGCUCAACGGUAUUCGGAUUAUCAAUUACAACGUAUCAAAGAGUUGAAGAAGCAAUUAACAAAUUUCAAGGGUCAAAAUAUGAUCAUUCGCAAAUUCUUAUCGAUCUACAAGAAUAAAGAAUUGGAAGUAGUCAAGGUGACAAAUCGAAUCAAUAAAUACAAUGCGAUUUUGAAGAGUGUCGCGGAGGUAUGUGACGAAAUUGAACGACUAGACGCAGAAAACCAACACCAUUCUCCGGAGGAUAGAUUCCACAUUGAAGCAGAGUAUUAUGAAAAUAUUGCUGAGUUCGAGAGACUCUUGAUCAUUUCCCGCGAAGACCCAACUACUACCUCUUCAUUAUGUAGCUGUGAGAGUAUUCAACCGGGACACACCCAUAUGAAACGACGAAGAUUCAAACUACCAGAAUCAACGUUACCUACCUUCAAUGGUGAAUAUGAACACUGGCUCACAUUCAAGGGGGAAUAUGAAGCAACAAUUCACAGUCAGUCGGAUCUGAGUAAUGCAGACAAGCUGUCCUACCUCAGGAGAUGUCUCACAGGUCCAGCUUUAGACAAAAUAAGAAUGAUACCGAUCACUGAAAACAACUACAACAGAGCAUGGACCAUUCUCACUGAUACAUAUUCCGACGACCGCUUAAUCAUCUCCAGACACUACAAAUUACUCCUCAACUUUCCGAAACAAUUAGAAGAAACAGCCGCAAAUCUCACCAAGCUGGUUGAUGACACGAGACAACACAUAGAGCUAUUGAAAACAAUGGACGUCGAAAUCAACGAUGAAACCAUCGUGGCGAUUGUGGAGAACGUCCUUCAUUCAACCACCAGUGAUGCAUGGGAAGAAACAUUAAAAAGAGGUAUUUUUCCAAAAUCAAAAGAUCUACUCGAUUUUCUAUCUCAACGAGCUUCUCGAUUAACGGUGCGUGACAGCAACAAGCAAAAAAAGGAUCACAAAAGUGAAGUUCAUGCCCCCAAAAAUAACAUUAAACGAUCCUACGCCAAAGCAUUCGUCACGACUACAGAUAGGAAAUGCUCAGUCUGCAGUCAAGAUCAACACCCACUGUACAAGUGCAAGAAGUUCAGAGAGAUGAGUGUGAACGGGCGCAUACAAAUGGUCAACAAACAUGCAUUUUGCCCGAAUUGUCUACGCGCAGGACACGACAAGGAUGGUUGUCCAUCGAAGCACAUGUGUUGGGUAUGUGACGAGAGACACAACACCUUAAUCCAUCCAGGAAGUGAAAACAUCACCGUCAUUAACGUGAUGAACAGUAAAAAAGGAUUAAUACGUGCUAGAAUUCUAUUGGAUACUUGUUCAACCACAAAUUUUAUGACGGAAAAACUCGCUAAUCAACUGAAGUUAGAGAAAAAAGCCUACUCCAUUCCAGUAUCGGGUAUCAAUGGUCUCACGACAUAUACCAAACAUCAAAUUACCGCGACUAUCAAAUCAACUACAAGCAAGUAUCAGAGGACCCUGACCUUCCUCACUAUCCCCACCAUUGCAAGUCUGGUACCAAGCCAAUCUUUGACACGAGAUGAAAUAAAACUACCGAAGAAUUUGAAAUUGGCAGACCCGACAUUUUAUCUACCAGGACCAAUUGAAAUGUUAUUGGGUUCUGGGCCUACUUUGGCUUUACUGUGUGUUGGACAAUACGUAGUGCCCCCCGACUUAUACUUGCAAAAAACUCAGCUCGGCUGGAUUGUAGGAGGAAGCAGCACUCCAUCAAGUAGUCAAUUGAAACAACAAAAUUUUUGUCUCUCAGCAGAUUUUAAUCUGGAAAAAUUCUGGGCAUUAGAGGAAAUACCAACACAGAAAUUUCUAUCACCAGAAGAACAAUUAGCUGAGAAACAUUACAUCGAUAAUUACUCCCGGGACUCUGAGGGUCGGUACAUUGUAAGCCUGCCAUUCAAACAGAACCACCAAAGGUUGAGCGCAUCACGAGAAAUAGCGCUAAAAAGACUGAAAUCACUGGAACGAAAAUUCAAUCGUCAACCUGACAUGAAGGAGCAAUACACAGCUGUGUUAGCAGAAUAUUUAAGUUUGAACCACAUGACACAAGUUGAGUACGACGACGGAACGGGUUUCUAUCUGCCGCACCAUGCUGUGAUAAAGGAAGCUAGCUUAACAACGAAGAUUCGAGUCGUGUUCGACGGAUCAGCUCGAACCACUGACGGAAUCUCAUUAAAUUCAGCACUGAUGGUCGGCCCAACGAUACAGGAUGACAUUUUUUCAUUACUCACCCGCUUCAGAUUUCAUAAAUAUGUUCUGACUGGUGAUAUUGAAAAGAUGUACCGGCAAUUCCUUAUCAAACCCGAAGAUCGCAAAUAUCAGAAAAUUUUAUGGUACGACAACGACAAUCAGAUCAUCACAUAUCAACUGAACACGGUUACCUUUGGAUUGUCUGCCGCACCUUUCCUGGCAAUCAGGAGUCUUCAUCAAUUAGCACAAGAUCACGCGCAAAAAUAUCCAGUCGCAGCCCGUAUCCUGCGACAGGAUAUGUAUGUGGACGACCUCUUAACUGGCUUCCCAACACAAGAGGAAGCCAGAGAAGCCCAAUGUCAAAUAAGCCAAUGCCUGCAACAAGCAGGUCUUAAUAUAAGACAAUGGGCCUCCAAUGACAUGAGCCUCUUGCAGCACCUACCUGCCGCGGACAUCCACAAACAUCUCCAUUUUGACAAUGAUCAAACAUUGAAGGCGCUGGGAGUGUUUUGGCACUCCCAAGCAGACGCAAUUCAUUACUCAGUCAAACCAAUUAUUAACAGCACUACAGUCACGAAGAGAAUCAUUCUCUCCCACGUGGCCUCACUAUUUGAUCCAAUGGGCCUCCUUGGCCCCAUUAUUCUACUGGCCAAGAGUAUUAUCCAGAAACUUUGGGUCGACAAAUUAAACUGGGAUGAAUCUGUACCAACCAGCAUCCACACGUUAUGGACCAAUUUCUGUGAUGAACUCCCUAAAAUUAACCAAUUGCAAUUUUCUCGAAAUGUUUUGAUUACAGAUCGCGAAUCGAUUGAAUUACACGGUUUCUGCGAUGCAAGCGAGAGAGGAUACGGAGCAUGCAUUUAUGUUAGAUCGAGCAACAAAAGGGGAGACAUCAACACAUCACUGCUGUGUUCCAGGUCGAGGGUGGCACCCUUGAAAACCAUCAGUAUUCCGAGACUUGAAUUAUGUGGAGCUAAGACACUCGUUCAGCUCUACACAACUGUCAAACGAGCUAUCAAAUUACCCAUCUUCAAGACGAUUUUCUGGACAGAUUCAAUGGUAGCACUUCAUUGGAUCUCCAGCCCACCUCACCAACUGAAGACAUUUGUGGCGAACCGGGUUUCAGCCAUACAACAGGGAUCCCCUGGAAUCGAGUGGAGACACGUAAAAUCAGAAGACAAUCCCGCUGAUGCAUUGUCACGGGGACAGUUACCUAGCGAAUUAAUCACAAAUGAUUUAUGGCAUAAGGGUCCUCUGUGGCUCCAGCAUGCCGAGAGUACUUGGCAUUGGAAACCCGUACAACAGCUAUCUGAAGACCCUGAGAUGAAGGUGGCCACGUGUCUUCAUACAUCACCAGAUUUCUACCUGUUCAAGUAUUAUUCAUCCUGGAUCAAGCUGAGAAGGCAUGUGGCAAUUUGGCGACGGUAUUUCCAGUUCCUGAAAGGAGAAACCCCUGCAAGGGGACACAUCACGGUGGAAGAGCUAACAGAAGCGAAGCUGAGCAUUAUCAAGGUAAUUCAGCCUAAUACAUUCCAAGAAGAGUUUAAGGGUCUGGCUUCCAACCGGGCAGACACACCAUAUACAGGAAAAUUCAAGCCAUUAGCUCCAUUCAUUGAUAGUCAUGGGAUUUUAAGAGUAGGAGGCCGACUACAAAAGGCUAACAUUUCAUUUGAUCAAAAGCAUCCGAUUCUGCUACCCAAAAAUCAUCAUAUCACCAAUAUCAUCAUUCAGGAGGAACACUCAACACGCAUGCAUCCAGGGGUACAAACGACACUACAUUGUUUGAGGCGUCAGUUCUGGUUAUCAGAUGGACGUGCUCAAGUUCGAAAGAUCAUUCGUCAAUGUAUACCAUGUCUGCGAGCACGUCCACCUGUCCCACAGUACCCGAUGGGCAUCCUUCCCACUACUAGAGUGAAUGCCACAACACGAGCAUUUACACAUGUUGGAGUUGACUACUGUGGACCUUUUCAAGUGAAGGAAACAAAAUAUCGCAACCGUGCGAGCAUCAAGGUAUAUGUCGCAGUGUUUGUCUGCCUAGCAGUAAAGGCAGUACACCUGGAAGUCGUAAGCGACCUGACGACGGAAGCGUUCCUUGGAGCAUUGCGAAGAUUCAUCGGAAGAAGAGGUAAACCAGUCAUCAUACAGUCUGACAAUGGAACCAACUUCGUGGGAGCGAAUAAUGAAUUGCAGAAGAUCAUAGCACACAUUCACAAAUCGGAUAACAAUCACAAAAUUACCUCAGAAAUGACUGCAAAGGGAAUCGACUGGAGAUUCUCACCACCAUUGGCACCACAUUUUGGAGGGAUCUGGGAAGCUGCAGUAAAAUCUUUUAAACACCACCUACGGAGAGUCAUUGGUGCACAAUUACUCACAUUAGAACAGUUCUCAACACUAACAACCGAAAUAGAAGGCAUCUUAAACUCUCGGCCGCUGUAUGCAGUUUCAACAGAUCCAAAUGAUUUAGCCGCAUUAACGCCAAGUCAUUUUUUGAUCGGAGAAGAACUCACUAGUCUCCCCGAACAUGAUCUGCAACAUGUCAAGGUCAACAGACUAUCUCCAUGGCAACAUAUCCAACAAAUGCGUCAACACUUUUGGAAUCGGUGGCAUAAAGAAUAUCUCAAUGAAUUGAACAUGAAGCGAAAAUGGAGCUCCGGAUCGCAUAACAUCACUACCGGCACGAUGGUAUUACUCCGAGAUGACAAUAUACCGUCGAUGCAGUGGAAAAUUGGGCGAAUCAUAGAGACUCAUCCUGGUAAAGACCUCAUCGGUUGUCCCACUGCCUUUGUCGACCUGGAACCAACUAGCAGAUACAACCGAAGGAUACUAAGUAGCAAUAAUAAUAAUUUAGGAAUAUAUAAUAACGAGAGGUCGAGGGCUGGAGGCUCAAACUUUCCCAUUUAG